AUGGCGGGAUCUCAGUUGAAAAACCUGAAGAAAACUCUUAAAGAGCAGGGAUUCACGGGCCAAACCAACGUCAGAGGCUCGAAGAAAGGAAAUAAGAGACAAGCCAGAGAGUAUGAUCGAGAAGAAAGAGCAGAACAGAUCACCAGGAUCCGCGAGCAGUUUAGUCCCUUUGAGCUGAAGGUGAACCGCGACAAGAGAGCGGUCCAGGGCUCGCAAAAAGCCGCUCAGAGACCAGUCGGAAAGCCUGGCAUUUCCAAGCAGGUCGGGGAACAGCAGCGUUUACAAGCACAUGAGGCACGCAGUCGCAACAAAAAUAAGCUAGGUGGUGUGUUGGAUCGCAGAUUUGGUGAAAGAAACAAAGAUAUGACGCAGGAGGACAAAAUGUUGGAGCGUUUCACGAGAGAAAGACAAUCGCAAUCUUCUACCAAAAAAUCUCUAUUCAACCUUGAGGAUGACGAUGAUGAAGGAGGAUUUGGAGGUUCGGCCGCUGAUGAUGAUCUAUACGGGGGGUCCUUGACUCAUUACGGCAAGUCUCUGGCGCUGGAGGACGACUUCGAAGACGGUGAUCUCGGCCUUCAGGAUUUCAAGCGGGACGCUCCGUUUGACAGUACUCAGGAACUAGAUCAACCCGCUAGAAAGAAGACCAAAGCCGAAGUCAUGAAAGAGGUUAUUGCCAAGUCUAAGUUCUACAAGCAGGAACGUCAAAAGACGCAGGAAAAGCUGCAAGAUGACAUUCAAGAUGUUGACCAGGAUUUCGAUGACAUCAUGUCUGAGUUGAAUGCUGUUCCCAAGAGAAGCAAGCAAUUUGCCGCUCAGGAGAAGUCUAAUACUGACAGGGAAUACGAUACCAAAGUUCGGGAGCUGGGCCUCGACAAAAGAGCUGCACCUGCCGAUCGCACAAAAACGCAAGAAGAGAUUGAGAAAGAGAACACAGAAAAGCGACAAAAAUUGGAACAGGCAAGACUUGAUAGAAUGAACGGCAUGUUUAAUCAAGAUGAAGACCGAGGAGUUGAAGACCUAGGUGACGAUUUUUGGGGAGGCGAUGAUUCUCAAGAUGAAGGUGAGUACGACGAGCACUUGGAUAAUGAUACCAAUCCAGAAGACGACUUAGAGUUGCCUGGCGAAUCGAACGAAAAGGGCUGGAGCAGAACUUCUAGGGCCGUUCCGGUACUUUCGUGCCCACAAAACCAGGAAGAACUGAGUGCAUAUCUAGAACAUCAUGACGCUAACGAACACCCCAGUUUAAUCAAAGAUAUCGUAAAGACCUUCCAGCCUCAAUUAGCAGCUGGUAACAAAGAGAAGUUGGGCAAUUUUGUUGGCGUACUAUUGAGACACAUUUUAUCUGUUUCCAAUUCAUACGACAAGUCUAACUUGAGUGAAUUUUCAGACAUGCAAAAUGCCCUAAUUGCGAUUCUUAAAUCUAUGGCUCAAAAGUAUAAUGAGCCGUUGUCGUUGGCUUGCAGGGAAAUUAUAAAUGAACUCCAAGCCAGGUUUAAAUCACAAAGAUCUCAUGGGCUCUCUGCUUCCGACUUAGUUUUCUUUACUUUGGUGGGCUACAUUUUCUCUACCUCCGACCAUUAUCAUCUUGUCGUCACUCCUUGCAAUGUUCUUAUUGGGGAACUCCUGGAGCAGACAAAACUAAACACUUAUCAAAAUAUUGCGUUCUGUGCCAUCUUAGCCAGAAUUUCUUUAAGCUACCAGCGGGUAGGCAAGAGACUUGUUCCAGAGCUUGUUUAUUUCUUUGAGAAGUCCUUGAUGACUCUCUUACCAAUGAGUGUAGAAGCCAAAGCCAAAAAAGGUCUGACAAAAAUCAAAUGCGAUUCUGAAGACUUGAAGGCUCCACUGUCCAUUGCCGCAAAUGCCAUGGAAAAAUGCCAGCUAAAUCUUCGUCAAGUCUCAAGCCAUAAUGGUCAAUUUGACGAUUUGGAGAUAACUGCACUUCUGUGUAAUAUACUCUCCUCAUUGGACGACGCUAUAUCAAAAAUAUGGAAAGAGGUUUCUGCUUUCCCUGAGCUCACUUUACCUUUCGCAACCAUUUUGAUGGAGUAUGAAACUCUGUAUCCCGAGUUUCCAAUGCCAAGAGCUAUUCUGGACAAAAUCAAAAGAUUACAAUCUUUCAACGAGCACUUCCCCCUCGCUUUACAAAACCACCGCCCACUCAGUAUACCAACACACACUCCAAAGUACGAGGAAAACUUCAACCCAGAUAAGAAAUCUUACGACCCAGAUAGAACCAGAAACGAAGUCAAUAAGAUGAAGGCUCAAAUAAAGAAGGAUCGUAAGUUCACGAUGAAGGAGAUCAGAAAGGACACUAGAUUUGAAGCUAGACAACAAAUCGAUGAAAAGAAGAAAGAAAACGCUGAUUACCACUCCAAGAUGGCCCGUCUUGUCAAUCAAAUUAGCACUGAGGAAGGUGCUGAAAAGGGAAAAUAUGAAAGAGAGAAGAGGUUGAGGGGCAGCAAGAGAUAA